CAAUAUGGAUAUCAAUGGCUAUAGAAUUAAAGAACCUACUGUCAAAGAUGAAUUUGAUGAAAUUGAUGAUAUUUAUUCUUACAAUUUGAGUAAAAUGGUAUUAAAAUCUCAUCGAGUAUACCUUAAGUGUCUCAACUUCAAAUGUAAAACUGUUGAGUUGUGAUACUUGUGUUUGAAAAUAAUAAAUACCUCAAGAAACUAUGACCAUUUUGAGGCCUUGCAUAAUUUUUAGUGAAGUAACACGAAAAUUAACUAGUAAAUAUAUUAAAUAGAAAUGUGAAAAUUCAAAACGUUGAAUUGUGUCAUCAUAUAAAGUAGUAGUGCGCAACCUAUUUUCAUCCAUGCCAUGACCCACAAAUGAACUUAUUUCUAUGAGAAGACUAAUCAUUCCUAUCCACGUUAUGGAUUUUUCCAUGGAGGUCAGAGAUGCUAAGCCAUCAUUCAUGGAUAUUGAUAGUAGAAGCCAUUUAAUGAAUAAAAUUGAAACCGAAGAUUUCACUAAAGAAGAUUCUAGUUCAAAAAAUCAAAUCAUGGGUCAAUCUAUAUGUUUAUCCUGUGAAAAUCAAUGGAACACAACCAAGGAAAAUAACAUAACAUCUAAAUCACAAAAUAAUGAUACAGAAUGUAAUCCACCAUAUUCUUGUAUGUGUGGUCCAUUACUAAAUAGUUCUGUUGAUAAAGUUGAAAAAAUUAAUCAAAUUGCAAUCCCUUCACCUAAAAUUGAUUUUGAUCCUAAUUUCAAUCAACGUUUUUGGAACUCAGAAAAUAUAAAUCAAUUAGAUUUAAGUAUAAUAUUAAAAGAUGAUACGGCAAAAGCUAUCUAUGAUCGCGGUGUGCAUGAUGGUACCGAAGUAGCUAGUAAAAAUGAGGCUAAUAAAAAUGAGUUUGAUGCCAAGGAUGCUUUACGAAGACAUAAUUUAACUCUUAUUAAGAACCAUAUAUUAAAAAAGAAAAAGAAAUAUUCCGAAACAACUAAAAUGGAAAAUGACAAUGAGUUAAAAAAAAAAUUAUUUGAAGUAAACAAUACUUCAAAAUUAUCUACUGUUACAGCAGAUGAUACCUUUCAACAACAAUUUUCAAUUUUUGACAACAUAGAUGCAUCUUAUUUACCUUUACCUGCUAUGCAACUAAUGCUCAACACAGUAUUAUCAAAUGAUAACCAAGAAUUGUUUAAGGUAUAUAAUAAUGAUCAAGUUAUUAAAGAUAAUAAAUUUAGACAGAGGAAGAAAAAUAAACAAUCAAAAUACAUUAUUAAAAAUGCUAGACCGCAUCAAAUUUGCAAGAAAAAUAUUCACACGAAGAAAUAUGCUUAUGCUAUGGAUCAUCAAAUGCAAACAGCUGAUAGUGUUAAAAUAACUAAUAUUUAUUCUGUUUACAGGAAAAAUGUUCAAACAUGGACUACUGUGAAAAAUAUUAAAUUGACACCUAUCAUUCCAUUGUCAGUUAUAUAUUAUAUGGAUGAGCUGGAGUCUACUAAGAAUGUUAACAAUGUUGAUAUUAAUAAUAUAUAACUAAAAAAGAAGUGACUUACAGACUGUUAAAAUGAAAUUAAUUCAA